AUGUCCAAAAUUGCCGAGAGAAGGUGGGAUAUGAGCAUCCCAAGAUGUGAGAAGAACGAGGAAAGAGGGAACCAUGAGAAUCUCUUGUGUGGACGGAAUGAGAUUGCCGAAGGGGAAAGAGAGGCUGUGACUGGGACAGGAACCGGCAAUGCAGGGAAUCAAGCCGUGCAAGAGAAGGUGGAGGACGUACCACCUAAUGGAGGAUACGGAUGGGUGUGUGUGGCAGCAGUUGCUACGAUAAACGGACAUACAUGGGGACUCAACAGCGCCUAUGGCGUUUUCCUCGCCUACUACCUCGCCAACAACGUGUUUCCUGGCGCCACACCGCUCCAUUACGCGUUCAUCGGAGGCCUUUCUAUUAGCCAAGCGCUCGUGGUUUCCCCCCUUGCGACUCUGACCACGCGCGUCUUUGGCACGCGCACGACGCUGCUCAUCGGCGUCGUCCUUGAGACGGCAUCGUUUAUUGGCGCUAGCUUCAGCUCACAAAUCUGGCAACUUUUCCUGAGUCAGGGUAUGUGUUUUGGCUGGGGCAUGGGCUUCCUGUUUGUGGGGAGCGUAGGCAUUGCUGCGCAAUGGUUCACUACGCAUCGCUCGCUCGCCAAUGGUAUUUGUGCUGCCGGAUCUGGUUUAGGAGGACUGAUAUACAGUCUUGCUGCUCAGGCCAUGAUCCGCGACAUUGGAUUACCGUGGACGUUUCGUAUCCUGGCUGUUCUGGCCUUUGUGGUCAACACGGCUUGUGCCUUGCUCAUCAAAGAUCGCCACACCGAAAUUGGAAGCUCACAGUUGAGUUUUGAUCACAGCCUGUUGAAGAGGAUGCCGUUUUUGGGACUUCUUGUAUUUGGGUUUCUGAGCAUGCUCGGCUAUGUCGUGCUGCUCUUUUCCCUCCCGAAUUAUGCCAAAACCAUUGGGCUAACGGCGCAGCAAGGAAGUACAGUGGGUGCCAUUCUCAACUUGGGCCAAGCGAUUGGACGACCACCGAUUGGGUACUUUAGUGAUAAUGUCGGACGGCUGAAUAUGGCGUCGAGCAUGACCUUUCUAAGCGGAUUAUUCUGUCUCGUGAUUUGGUCGUUUGCGAAUCGGUACGGGGUGUUAGUGUUUUUUGCGCUGCUCAGUGGAACGGUGGCGGGGACGUUUUGGGCGACAUGUGCGCCGGUCAUGACGGAGGUUAUUGGGCUGGUGGACUUGCCCAGUGCCUUGAAUAUCACGUGGUUGGUGUUGGUGUUGCCUACAACCUUCGCUGAAGUCAUUGGACUGGAGAUUGUAGCCUUCCACGGAGGGAGUUAUACAGGAGCCAUCUUGUUCACAGGCUUCAUGUAUGUGGGUGCUGCCAUGUUCCUGUGGCUGGUACGGACGUGGAAGAUUGGUGAAAUGGAAGAGAAGGCGGCGGCGGCGGCGGCGGCGGCGGUGGCGGCUGCUGGCAAGGUGGAGGGAGAGGUUGACCUUGUGGGUUCUGGUAUACUCAACCCAAGCCUACCUGCGGCUGACUUUAGGAAGAGCUCGUUUGUGAAACGAAUGUUCAUGUUGCGGAGGGUUUGA